AUGAUGACCAUGAUGAUGAUGCAACGUCUGCUCCAGAACAACAACAACAACAACAACAACUCCAACAACAAUAACAAUAACAACAAUAACGGUUACGCAGACGAGAUGAGGCUGAACGGCAUACGUCACCAUUCAGCAAGUCCAUUUUCGAAACCAGCCGCCGUGCAGGCCGCGGCGCCCGACAGCUGCGGCGGCGAACCAGACGCGCUGACGUUGCAACCGUCGGCCGGUUGCACUGAACCGAAGCUACAACCCGUCUCGCCGCAGUUCGUCUGCACGGGUACGGCGACGGCCGCCGCCGUGCAAGCCGGCCCGACGUGCACCACUGUGGUGACCGUGGCCGCGGCGGACGACCGGCUGACGUCCGACGAGGACGACGAGCUGAACGUGGACGAGCUGAACGUGGACGAGCUAAACGUGGACGAGGACCCGGUGGACCUGACCAACAACCGGUUGCACGGCGCCGGCCACGGACUGAUGCUGCACUGCGACCGCGGCGCCGGCAGCCUUCACCCGCAGGCAGGGAGCGUGGCCGCCGUCGUCCCGAUGGACACCACGGCCGCGGCCAACGAUUACGAGACGAGCGGCAACAGCAAAGGCCGGCUGGCGUUUUCCGUCGAGAACAUACUCGAUCCGAACAAGUUCACCAGAAAACUGAUGGCACCCGCCGCCGUCCUGCCCAGGUGGAGGCCGCGGGUCGACUUCUCCACCGACCCUUCCGGAGCCGGCGAAGAAUGUUCGCGCAACUACAUAAUGGACGAGGACGACGAGGACAUCAGCGUGAGUGGCGACGGUUGCGGCAGCGACAUGAGCGACGACCGGGACAAGGUCAGUGGCGACGGGAGUUCUUCGACUGGCGUCGGAGGCGGCGCAGGCAGCGCAAAAAAGUCCAAGUCGUCUUCCGACCACUGCGGCGGAGGCGGUGGAGGCGGCGGUGGCGGAGGCAGUUCGAAAAACGGAGGCAGCGGCAAACCGAGGCGGGCCCGGACGGCGUUCACGUACGAACAGCUGGUGGCGCUCGAGAACAAGUUCAAGACGACGCGGUACCUGUCGGUGUGUGAGCGGCUCAACCUGGCGCUGUCACUGUCGCUCACCGAGACCCAGGUGAAGAUAUGGUUCCAGAACAGGCGGACCAAGUGGAAGAAGCAGAACCCCGGGCUGGACGUGAACAGCCCGACGGUGCCGCCGCCCGGCCCUGCCGGGUCGUCGGCCACCGGUGGACCGCCGUUCUUCCACCCGCUGGCCUACUCGGCCGCGCACCACUACCAGACGCAGAGCUACUCGGCCGCCGCGGCCGCCGCGUACUUCCACCACCUGGGCGCGCACCACUCCACGAUCGGUGGCCACCAUCCACCGUCGUAA